GAAAAAAUGAAAAAAACAUAUGAAAAUAUAAUGUAAGUAGUAUAACCACGACACUAGUACAUACAACAUAUAGAACAAAAUAUUAAUUCAUUACAACACAUAUUCGUCAGUAUAAACAUUUAUAUUACACAAACAGAUAUGGCUCUUCGACGUCUUUUCAUAACCAUCCGUCAUUCCAGCAAUUCUCCGCCAUGGAAAAAAAAUGACUGUCAUUUACCAGAAUGUGACACGAGCCCAAUGCCUGAUGUGGAACAAAAAAAAGAAGGCUGCUUUAGUUCUUACAGCAAAGACACAAAACCUAUAUCCCACGCAAUAAUAGACCUCGAUGGUGUGAUACUAGAUGCCAUCAAAUACAACAUCUCAUCCCAUGAAGACUACCUCAUGAAAUGGAAGAAAUAUUUAAAAUUAAAAACAAGAUACGAAAUAAUGAGUAUGCGAAACCAAGACGCAGGGAAAAUCGUAACGCAGGAGUAUAUGAUGCCGUUUAACGAAAAAGUUUACGCCCAUGGUGUUUGGCAAUACCAGAGGGAGCGCUACCACAAAGCGAGACUUAUUAAAGGGGUCGAUGACUUUAUCUACUACCUCGUACAGAACAGAAUACCGCUCGCGUUGAUAUCCAGUUCGAACGCCAAAGGUUUCAAGAUACUUUACGAUCGCUUGAAAAAGUACGGCUUGGAUAACUGUUUCUGCCACUACGUUCACGGGGAUCAGGUCAAUGAAGGAAAGCCGUCGCGUGAAAUGCUGUGCAAGGCUGCGAAGAUGUUCUUCGGCGGACCUGACGACUACUCCAAGUACUUGGUCAUCGACAGCGGCGUCUGUGGAGCGAUAGCGGCCAAAGAGGCCGGCAUGCAGUCCGUCCUGAUAACGGAUCAAUGCAUACCCAAGGAUUUGGUCAACAUUGCUACCUUAACCUUGUUCAGCAUAAAGGACUUAGAUCCGCAAGACUUCAGUCUUCCACCAAUAAAAAAGAACAUUAAAAGAAGGAAUUAAUCGAAAUAUUUGACGUUAUCCUCGUUUUUUUCGGUGGAAUGUGUCAGUUCAACGUAAAGUGAAGAAACGUGGAGCGGAAUUACUGUGUGUUUUGUUUUUCCAAAAGUAAUUAUAAAAAUAAAUUUUAGUUUCAUACAACCAAUGGUCAGUAAUGUUAUUAAAAACAGAGUAUGUAGUCCUUUAAAUUUUAUAGCUAAAAUAGUCCACCGCACAGACCCUUUUUUUUUUCAAAUUAUUAACAUCAGCCUAAAACUUCAUGAAUGACUUCAUUUCAAUGUAAACUACAAUUUUUUGCCUACAUAAAUUUUCGAAAUUUAGGCUUCUUAUUAAAUUGCUUAAUUUUUGUUUUCUUAUUUUUUAGGUUAUUUUAUAUUAUUAUCUAUUGUAUAUACUUUUGAUUAUUAUUUUGUUUCUAUUUAUUUUAUUUUAUUUUUUGUACAUAUAGUGUAAAUGUCAUCCUACCUCA